AUGGAGACCAUUUCUCGCCUUUCGAGCGACAAUGACUCCCGAAAAGCCACUCAUUCCUUUGCAUGCGACUCCCACCCUGCUUCAUUCUCUCAACGCCGCUGGUCGCGUCUCGGCCAGCUUCGACUUUCGCAAGUCUGGAGGCCCUUCUAUACCGGCCUGUUAAUUCUAAUUGUUAUUCUUUACCUGUCGCCCACCGCGGCCGCGCAAUCACAAUCUGCAACUGCAUUGGAGCCAAUCACGGGUAUCCCGCGAUCGGCUUCUCAUGCAAAUGGAGAGAUCUUCGUGGACGGUCUCCAAGAAAGAUCUUCAUCGCUCCAGCCUUGUGGGGUUGAGGCAGAUGGAAAUAAGAUAAAUAAUAUCGGGAAGCGCACCGAUCUAGAACAUGACCGUAAUCUGCUUCUAUCUCGGGAAAUUGUCACUGCCAAUUCCAACUCAACCUCGUCCAUGCCGACCCCAUUCGAUACGAUAUCAUAUAACUUCGCGAAUCAGACCUGUACUACGUUUUUCACCGACUUUCUCGCCAAUUCGACCAUAACAGACUGCCACGCUAUCUCACUGCUACUCGAGAACUCCAAUUCUUUCUUCCACACCCUGAGCUCUGCCGUAGCUACCUCGCGUGUUCUCGAUGUUACUUGCUCCCAAUCGGUCACGAAAUGUGCUUCCAUUAUGACCAAUCUCGCUAGCGAGAUGAUCAAGGCCGAAAAUUGCGGAGAUGACUACAAUGCGGGAAACUCGGUCGUGCAGAGCACCUACCAAGACUUGAUGGCAUACGAACCUGUCUAUCGGGCAUCUUGCUUGACGAAUCCAGACACAAAGGACUAUUGCUUUGUUGACGCGGUGCAGAAUACGACAGCACCAAAUGAUUACAAUGUCUAUUUCAUUCCCGUUGGUACAGCGCUCACCAAAUCGGGAAAUCUGACUUGCAACGACUGCUUGCAAGCCAGCAUGGAUGUUUUCGCCCAGUGGGCAAAGGUCAAUAACCAGGCUCUGGACACUACCUAUCUUCCUUCCGCGAAAGUUGUCAACAAUUAUUGCGGAGCCAAUUUUGCCAACACCAAUAUCACAGUCGGCUCAGAUAGAGUCACAGCUGGUGCUGGUCUGGCUCUACAACUGCCAGGGGCUCGACUCGCAUUCUCCGUCCUGGGACUAUUUCUUGGACUCGGUUGUAUGGGAGUGUUCUAA